AUGUUUGACAUCAAUGGUGCUUGUGCUGAAGGUUUAACACCACUCGUUAUUCUCGACAAAGGCUCGGUCAAUCAUGAUGUAUACAUUAAAAAAGUGCUUCCGAUAGCCCAAAAAUAUGCAAAUAAGGUGCUAGGCGAUGAUUGGACUUUUCAGCAAGACAAUGCGCCGCCUCAUCGAGAUGACAUUAUACAAAAAUGGUGUCGUGAAAAUAUGCCACAAUUUAUUUCGUGUAAACGUUGGCCAGCAAAUAGUCCUGACUUAAACCUAAUGGAUUACUGUAUUUGGGAUGAGUUGAAUCAGGCUAUAAAUUGGAGUCAAGUACAAUCAAAAUCGACGUUAAUUAAGGAGCAAGUAUCGUUUUUGCAAAACGAUGGAAACUUUUUGCGUUGA